UAUCUCUGAAGCAACCAUUUAACAGUUACAAACAACCUCUAUAUGGCAGGUUUUUAAUGUUCACAUAUACAGCUUUUUGACAUUCAAAUACUGUAUAUCUCUUGCAAUUAUUGGUUAAUUUUUGUUAGUGUGGCUGAUGCACUCCAGUGUUGGGUCCCUCAGGAUGCUACUCUCAUUGACUGCAAUAAAACAGAGCCUCAAGGAUAUGGGUUAUCUGGCUGUGGAUGUUUUUAUAACCGGUAACAGGAAUGGCUUUCAAAGAAGUCUCAUCCUCCUCUUCACGUGUAGCUUUUCCAGCCUCGUGCUCAGCUCCCUGCUCCUCCUAUACCUCCUCUUCACCCUGAACUAUGAGCUAGCAGUGGCUGGAGGGAUUGCUGGCUGCUUUGGGACACUACUGACAGUUGCCCUCUUCCUGUCAAAGAAAGUAAGGUGUUUGGGGACUCUAUUUGUGAUCUCUAUUUUCAUGAAGAAGAGUCGGAACCUGCUCCUGACCGCUGGGACCAGUUUAGUGGUUCUUAGAAACAUCCGCAACACCUUGGAGAACCUCACAGGCCUGGUCAGGAGUAUGAUUUGCAACCUGAAGGCGAAGAAAGCAGCCAUCAUUGCUCCAUUCAGCAACUAUGUGAAGAUGUUGAAGUGGCUAGGGAACAUGCUCAAGGGGGUUACAGACUUAGGGGUUUUGAACCUUGACUCUCAACUCAAGGUUUCACCCAGGCUGGAAUCCGAACAAUUCAGGGAGAGGCUCACUGAAGCAGAGCAGAAGCUGAAUGAAACUGUAAAGUAUGUACAGUCCAUUAUGAAUACACUCUCCUCUGUGACCGACAGGCUGUUUCCUGCCAUCAGCUUCCUCGUGCUCAUGAUGUUUAUAGCACUGCACAUAAAAAGAUUCUGCAAUGACAUGAAAUACGAAAACCGGUUCAUCAGCAGCAAAUUUGUUAAUUUUGACAAGAAGCAGAAGGCGGAAGGAAAGCCCCACGUCCUCCCCCUCACACCAGAGGAAGAGAAGCUGUACACUACCGUCCCCUCCACCCGUCCCACCACCAGAGAAGGGAGAGCUAUGCUGAAAUUUGGCGUUCCAGUUGUCUCCCAUGUUGUAUCUUGGGCCCUUUUUAUAACUGUGGAUGCCUUAUUGUACUGUUUUGUUGACAUUGUAACAACAAAGUUAUCAGAGCUGGAACCAUUCCAUGUCCCACUGUUAAUGAGCAUCACAGGGAUUGCAACUUUAAUAGGUAUACCAUUUGGCGAGGAAAACCAUCAAAAAGACUUUUCCUACUUUGUGACCCUAUUUGAGAAGAAGUGUCUUCCUAAACCCAAGCUGCUGCUCUAUAACUCUGUUGUUCCUUUGGCUGUCAUCCUACUCACCCUACUCAUUAUGGCGCUGAUGGCUGCCAAAGUGGCCCAGCUCAGGCUGAUGGUCUGUGAGCAAUUCUUCUCCAACACUGCGGAGGCCAGAGUGGAAUACCUGCACGCCAAAAUCCUAAGGAAGAGACUAAAAAAGAGGAUUUGCCACCACCUCACAUCACUCUAUCAUAAGCCACAUUUCUGGUGCCCUCUGCUCUUUAGGCCUAAAGAGAAUCCACAAAGUGUCGUGUGAGGAAUAUCUUUUUAUCUUUCUGCUGCAUGAUUUACAUUACAAACACAAGUAAGAAAGGACAGUUUUGACCAAUGGAUUAUAUACCUCAGUGGUCCCAUUAAAGAAUCAUGUACAUAUUCUUAAUUUAACAUUACCUCUGCCAAAAAAAUCCCUAAAAAUGAAAUAAAGUCAAGUAGGUUCAUUGCACAAAGGUGGCUAUGGCUAAGCUAUACAGUUUGUCUAAGAUCAAACAAUUACUGGUCAAACCUCCACUAUGUACUGUAGGGCUCCACUUUGUACCUCUCUGGAAGAAAAUUGUGUCUUCAGCUACAUCUCUUGUUGUGGCUAAUGCAACAUUGUUUGUAGAUCUGAUUUGAUAGUGUUGAUCAUAAUAAUCUGUUACAUCAGUGGCUUUCCGUUAUUUUUGAUAAAUCUGCUUACAGCUGGUUCAAAUCAGAUCUUUCUGGUAGACUGUUGUUGUAGAUGGUUUCAAGUCCCCAGAUGGUUGAUAAAGGUGUUCCACAUUAAUAGGCCUUGUACUAUUUACUCUAUAUUGUACAUAAAAACUAUUUAUUUUCCUAAUGAACAUGGGAAAUUUUUAUGCAGAUGAUACCAACUUAUUUUUUUUACACCAUGCCACUACCUCCAGCUGUGACCUGUGCAAUGUUCCACAUCAAUCACACCUGUAUAUAAAAAGCUGUAUAUAGUGUACAUAUAACUCUUAUUCUAUUUUUUUCUAUUUUCAGAAAACAAAUCUUGUAUUUAUUCUAUUCUAUGUUUUAUUUAAUGUAUAAUUUAAUUUAAUGUGUAUCUGUGUAAUCUGUGGCUGUGUUUAUCAGGAGCUGCUGAAGUGUGAAAUAAAGUUUAUCGUAACUUG